AUGACACUCACCUGGAGGACCUCGACCUUUCGCACGACGCUCACAUGCGAGCGCGAGCUCGUGAAAUGUACAGGAGAAAUGUGGUAUCGCACGGCGGGGUCGUUUGGGCAUCGCAACCUGGCUCGUCCUACGCCCAGCGCGUGGUCCGUGCUCGUGAGGCCAGUGCGUAUGGGUAUUCCAAGGUGCCCCGAUAGGCCGGCCAAGUAUACGCAUGCGCCCGUUGUAGCCAUGUGCGCUUCAGCACCGUCCAGGGUUCCUGGGGGGAGCGUGAAUCCCGCGCUCUUAUCGAAUGAUGUGCGGGGUGAACACCUCUGCCAGACAUGCUAUUCAAUGCACUCUUUGUCAAAUUCCAUUCUCUCCGCCAAGUCAGGCCUCUUCAAGCUCUCCCACUGGCAACCUGUAGGCAUACAACACGUAAUUGAAGCUGCUCAACAAUGUCGAUUUCGAGCUCGCCAAGCAGGUCGUCCAGAACGUCGGCGAGCCCGUCUCGACUCUCCUCUAAACCCGCGUGGCCCGACGCCGAACCCUCUUUCCGCGAAGCUCUCCCAGCUCGCCGCCUUCGCCCUCCGCGAGCCAACGAUCAAACCACGCCGCAUUGCAAUUCUUGUCGUCGAUGACUUCAACCCUGCGCGGGUUGACGGCACCUCCACUGCGCUCAAGGCCGAAAUGGUGACCAUGUGGAUCGUCGGGCCAUGCUGGAGGCCUGCGGGCGAUGGCAGGAGCAAGCCUGCCUACUCCGCGGACCACCACUACGGGGAUCAGCGAAGCGCUCUGUUCAACGCCAUCGUCGUCGCGAGCAGCGCGGCAAACGCCCGCACUGGGCACUGGGCGAGGGCAACAUGGGCGCAUGUGCGGGCAUGCGCGCCUAUUACUGGACUCAACCCGCGACCGUCAUCAUCCCCCAAGUGCGAUGUGCCACUCACGCUCGCGCACGACCAUGUAUCAAGACGUGACGUCGUCGCCCUCACGGCCGCCACUCUGCGCCCUAGGUUCCACCUCCACGAAGCCAACACGACCCCCCUCUCUCUACAUUUCCGCAUCUGCGGACUCGACACGAGUCACGACGUGUGGUUCGCAACGGGUCUUGGCCCGGACCUCCUGCUCAUCGCGCGCCCCGACAUGAUGUCAAUCUCUCACGACUACGGCGUCUUCAUCGAGGACGAGGGCAUGAUCGCCCUCCGCGGGCUCUUUCUCAUCGACUCUAUGAAGGUAUCCUCAGCAAUCACGAUCAAUAACCUCCCAAUCAACCGCUCGGUCGAGGAGACGAUCCGGCUCGUGAAGGCGUUCCAGUUCACCCAGUGGAUGCGUCUCUCUUCCUCCGCGUUCCCCGUCGCCGCUCCCGCUGACCUCUCCUUCAGCCUCACACCCCCUUCCCCUCCCCCGUUUGCGACGCAGCCGCAGGAAGAGCAUGGUGAGGAGUGA